UUAUUUUUCAGUUAAUUAUGGCUCCAACUUCACGUGUACUUCUCCGGCAAUGAACCAUGGUCUUUUUCCGGAGACUCUUCGGCGCCAAAGAACGGAGGCGUUGGAGCUUUGCUAGUUCUUCCAAUCCCACGUCUUCAACUUCCCAUACAGAUGAUGCAUGCGGCGACACGUUGUAUGCCAACAAGGACGCCAUAGCAGUGGCGGCCGCCUCUGCUGCCGUAGCCAAGGCUGCUCUCGCGGCUGCUGAGGUCGUUAGACUGACAACAAGUGGGGUUGGCAAUGGCAGCAGCAACCGACGCCUCUCACAGGAUGUGUCGGCCGCCGUCGGAAUACAGUCCGCUUUUCGAGGUUAUCUGGCACGGAGGGCACUGAGAGCCUUGAAAGCAUUGGUUAAGCUUCAAGCACUAGUGAGAGGCCACUUGGUGAGAAAGCAGGUGGCAGACAUGCUCAGACGCAUGCAGGCAUUGGUCCGACUGCAAGCUCGGGCCCGUGCUAGUCGCGUACAUGCGACGAAGUCUUUAGAUUCAGUCGUCAAGAUGUCCAGACUUACACGAAACGCCAGAAGUGGCUCAAAUUCAAACCUGAGGGACAUCAUUGAUAUAGGGAAAGCACGGACGGGUUCGAAUCGGUUGGACCGUCGGACGGAGGAUAGCUUAUGGUACAACCGUAGAGAUGGUCCAUUUAGCUGUAGGCAUGCUGAUGAUGAGAAGAGACACAAAAUUCUUAAAGUUUAUACUUGGAAACCUCACUUGAACUCCCAACAGAGUCACAAAUAUUUUAGGCCAUCUCAGCAUUAUUUAACUUCAGAUUAUAAUCCGAGCUUAACGGCGUACGAUUUCCCGAGAAAACCAUCUGGAAAAGCUUCGAAUCCGAUACCAGAUAUCUUUUCAGCAGAAGUUUUCUCAUUAAACUCCAUGAAAAAUCCUGGAGGUGAGGAUGAAGAAGUUCUAAGAACAGCUGACAACAGCCCACAAGUGCAUUCUGCAUCAUCUAGGCCUGGAAGCAGUGCACGUACAAGCCCUUUCACUCCAACAAGGAGUGAAUGCUCAUGGCAAUCUUUAAUUGGAUAUUCCGGUCACCCAAAUUACAUGGCCAACACCGAACCAUCCUGGGCUAAGUAUCGGUCACAUAGUGCCCCAAGGCAGAGGCUUGAGUUCGACAAGUACGGUUCAACCCGAACAACUUCUCAGGGCUUGUGGCAUUCAGGUACUAACUCAGAAAGAGAUUUUCCUCAUAAUAUUGAGUUCAGGUACAUGGCUCAUCCGACAUCGAAUCGCUCGUAUCGUCCUCGUAGUGCCAACCGAAGGGAAUGAUCGACGAUGAUCGUCGCUUCCCUUUCCUCGUGCCUGAUAGCAGCCUUGUGUGCUAGUAUUGUAAUUAGUCGCCAUCCAUGAUGUUAAAAGUUAAAACUGUGGAUUCACGGGUGCUUAAUCCGUCUAAUCUGCUUUGGCCCCAAUUGUCUGGUCCAUCUAACAUGGUGAUAAUGACAGUGAACAGCCAAUAUUCUUUUGUUUCCGUACAAGUAAAAAUGACGCCUUGGAU